AUGCAACCAGGAAGUAUUGUUUUGAAUAACUAUAGAGAAUUACCAUGUUUUCUUUACACAGGGAGAGAAAAAAAGAAGCGCAAACGUAGCCGUAGUAGAUCUUCCUCAUCUUCGUCGUCGUCCUCCUCUUCCUCCUCCAGUUCGUCUUCAUCUUCAGCGUCGUCCUCUUCGUCGGGCUCUUCGUCGCCCUCAUCCAGCAGCAGCCGGAGUCGCUCCAGAAGCAGCGACUCACGCAGUAAGUCCAGAAAGCAAUCAAAGAAGAGGAAAAAGGACAAAGCCAAAAAGCACAAAGGGAGGAAAGAAAAGCGGCAUAAACGUAAAAAGGAAAAGAAAUCCAAAGCCGGCGAGGAAAACUCUGGGCCGGUUCAGAUAUCCAAGUACUUGAAAGAAAGGAAGAGAGGGAGGAAGUACAGCAUGAUUUCGGGAAAGGAGAUAAAGAUGAAAGUAAAGAAGUCAAAAAGAGAUAAACAGCGGGACAAAAAUCGAGCUGAACUUCUGGAGUUCUUGAACUCGACCUUGUGAUGCCCCCGAGUGGACACAACAGCCGACCUCAGGAAACGACAAGCGAGCUGUCUUUGGGGGGGAGAAAUGUAAAUAAAAGCUAAAAGUCAAACCGGAGCACAGCUCGAAGCGGGGUACACACAUACGCACGUUUAACAUCUUCACGGACUUUUUAAAUGAGAGACUCCACGCGCGGCGAUGGGGGAAAAAAACAAGUUUUGUGCUGACUGACUGGAACACCGCACGCAUAACCGGAUCUCCAACAGCGGGUGCCAGUCUCUCCCCUCUCCUUGCGGAUGUUUGUUGUCGUACCAGCGCUGACCUAUGUGUGGCGCCGUGGUGCAGAAGAAGAAAAAAGAAGAAGCUAGGCUAACUGCUAACUAAAUAGAAGUUGCAAGGUCUUCUCUGCCGGGGACCUUCUAAAGACACCCCCACACCGCAGGAUGGUAUUUCAGACACUUUUGCUGACUUUGAUAUGAAAUUGGUAAAAAUUCACACGCACAAAAAAAAAAAGAUUCUUAGUGUGUGUGUACCCAGUUUUAGGGACAACGUGCAGGACAGUCAGCUGGUGUUAAGAGUGAAUUCAGACCAAGUUGAGGAGCGGCCUCAUCGGAUGUCGUCGAUGUUGCUGCUAAUAUGGCCAUGAUCAAUAUUAGGUACACCUGUGCAAUGUAAUCACAAAAAAAAAAAUGUUUUAUUUUAACACUGUCAAACGUUUUAUUUUCACAAUUUUUUGUUAUUGUGAUUUGCAGCUCAGGUGUACCUAAUGAGGUGGACAGGAAGUGUCUAUGUACAAAUGAAUAGCUAGUUUAUUGUUCCGUCAACAGUUUGAGUUUUGCUUGUCAUCUAUGUGUGUCGAUAACAGUUCUAAAUGUAACAAAUAUUUUACACGUGCUUGAAGCUACACCGUAACGUCGCCAUCUUGUCUUCGGCAGUGGUUCCAUUUAUGAAUCUGUAAAAUGAGUCCUUUAUUUUUUUUGUCAAACCAGCUCAAUGCAUCUGUGGAGCCGUGCGACAGGACGGGAAAAUAAAUCAAACGUUCCAUCGCUU